AUGUCUACAGACGACAAGGCCGGGGGAUCCAGCGUCUGGUCUCCAACCGCCCUCGGCAAUGAGUCCGCACUCGAGCAGUCCCGCCCGGCCUUCACCGCCGACGACGAAAAGCGGCUGCUCCGCAAGCAAGACGCCCGCAUCAUCCCCCUAUCGGCCGCCAUCUACUUCCUCUGCUUCCUCGACCGGGCCAACAUGGGCAACGCCAAGAUCCUCAACUCGACGACGCGCGACGACAUGCAGCGCUCCCUCGGCAUGACGGACCGCCAAUUCGUCGUCGCCCUCAUGGUCUUCCUCGUCGCCUACGCCGCCUUCGAGGUGCCCAGCAACAUGCUGCUCAAGAAGCUCCGCCCCAGCCGCUGGCUCGCCUUUCUCAUGUUUUGCUGGGGCGCCAUGACCGUCUCGCUCGGCGCCACUCGCAGCUUCGCCGCCGUCACUGCCGUGCGCUUCUUGCUCGGCAUGUUUGAGGCCGGCCUGUUCCCGGGUCUGGUCUAUUACCUGACCUUUUGGUAUAAGCACGACGAGCGCAGUGUUCGAGUUGCAUUCGUCCUGGCAUCCGCGACGUUGGCCGGCGCUUUUGGCGGCGCCAUCGCAUACGGCAUCGGACACAUGAACGGCGCAUCAGGCCUCGCCGGCUGGCGCUGGCUGUUCAUUCUCGAAGACUACCCCGAGGACGCAAACUGGCUGUCCGGGCCCGAAAAGACGUUGGUCGCCCGUCGUCUGCUGCACGAGGGUAGCAAGGGCCACCACCCGACCAUGAGCUGGACCGAUGCCAAAGCGACGCUGACCGACUGGCGCCUGUACGCGCAUUACGCCCUCUACUUUGCCAUCAGCCCCAGCUUUGCCAGCCUGAGCCUGUUUGCGCCGUCCAUUGUCGCAGGGCUGGGGUAUCGGGAUCUCAUGGCGCAGCUCAUGACGGUGCCCCCCUGGGCGGCUGCGUAUGUGUGCCAAAUCGCCGUGGCAUACUCGGCCGACCACUUCAACGCCCGGGGCACCCACACGGCCGGCGCCGCACUGGUCGGGGCCACGGGCUUCGUCGUCUCCGCCGCCCUGCCGCCGACGGCAUACGCAUCGCGCUACGGCGGGCUGGUCGUGGCCACAUCGGGGGCCUUUGCCUGCAUCCCGCCGCUGCUCGGCUGGCUGUCGUCCAACAUGUUCAGCACCGCGUCGACGGGCCUGGCCAUUGCCAUCAACGUGAGCAUCGGCGGCGGCUUGGGCCAGAUCCCCGGCGUCUGGAUAUACAAGUCGAGCGAGGCGGGCAGGGGGUACCCGACGGGACACUGGACCAACGCGGGCUUCAUGUUGCUCGUCGUCGUCCUAUCGCUAGGGCUCCGGCUAUUUUACGGACGCAAGAACAGGAGGCUGGCGGCCGAGACGGCGAGGCAAGGCGCGCAAGGGAGGCUCUACAAGCUGUGA